UGGAGACAUUUGAGUUAUAAAAAACAUUUCCAGGAUUUAGCCUCAACCAGGGUACAUAAUAUUUAAGCAGCACAACGGUUUCAAGCGUAAAGCCUAUAUUUCCCAUGUGCCCACAACAACUGUGAACCCAGCACUAGGCUACUGUAUAUAGUGUCCGUUGGCAGAAAAAUGUUUAGUUUUUUAAUUGUAGUCGAAAAGUACAGCGUGGUUAUUAACUAUGUAGUUAGCAAAAGAAACACACAACAAAGACCAGUAAACGCAAAUCUUCUCGAGUGCACCACAUUUCCCAGGAUGCCAUUGGCCCGUAUCCAGGAAGUCGUCUCCGGUUGUCAAGCAAACUUUUGCUUGCAAGCUAAGUGCUCUCAGUCUGUAAAAUGUGCACGCCGUCUUUAUAGGCUGCAGCUGAAACAGGUAUCCUUGAGAGAUGAGUUGCUGUUAUGGUCGUGUGCCCCAGGAGGUCCGGCCUGGUACCUCACGUGUUUUGGUGACAGAGUUGUCCGGAUCAGGUCAGAUCAACCCUACGCCUGUAGAAAAGCCCUGUGAGGACUCAGAAACAGCUUUGGAGCUGAACCUUUCUCCAGAGAAACUGAAAGAGCUGUGUGGAACUGAAGACCUGUCUCAGAUAACGUCACUGGAACUCUGUGUAGACACACAAGAAAACACACUGGGUAACUUUGGUGCCUGCUUGCCCAAACUAGUGCAACUGAAAAUGAAUAACAGCAUGAUCAUGUCAGUAAGAGAUCUGGGAACCACCCUCUCCCACCUGCAGGUGCUGUGGAUAUCCUGCUGCUGCCUAACAGACCUAGAUGGCAUUUCUACACUGUCCUCUCUCAAGGAGUUGUAUGUGGCCUAUAACAACGUGUCAGACCUGAGUCAGGUCUCUAUGUUGGAGAACCUGCACCUGUUGGAUCUGGAAGGAAAUGAUGUAGCUGACUUAGUCCAGGUUCAGUAUCUGGGCUUGUGUAGCAAUCUUGAGAAACUUACGUUGGAAGGAAACCCUGUGUGUCUACGCCCAAACCCUACUGCCUCAGAGACUGCAGAGUACAGUUAUCGGGCUUCGGUGAGGGAGUUGGUCCCUCAGCUGCGUUACCUAGAUGAUGUAAGGGUGGAAGAGGACGGCCCGAGCUGCGGCAGCAUCAGGGGAGCGGACUGGGCCAUCCUCCAGCUCUCCAUCAAAGAGAGCUACUCCUCUCUCCCUGCUGCUGAAGAGGAGGAGACCGCAGACAGUGCAUGUCCUCAAUGCAGACCCAGCACGGCCAGGCGCCUUGUUUCCAGCCCCCCCUGCGCCUGGCCCUGCUCAUCAACAGGCUCCAGGCCUCACACUAGCUCCAGACCCACGUCAGCAAACAGGCCCGGAGUCCUCUCCCCUCCUGGGUCCAGACCUGGUUCUGUAAGCUCAGACUUAGCAGAAGUGGAGGCGGAAACCAGCGUCCUAACGCACGGAGCCGGUAAGAUUCUGUUCUGUGGAAACCCAGCCCGGGCUGUUCGAGAAAGGCGAGAAAAGUUGAGGACGGCACCCACCCGGUCUACGUUCACCCACUGUGACCUGCCCAUCCACGUGCCGGAGCACACGUAUGACCUUGAGGAGCCUGACGUGAGGGAACGCGAUGAUAUAUUUACAGAGCGACUUCAAGCCAUAGAGACAGAAAGACAGCCACAGAUUCUGGCAAUUCAGCAUGACGAUGAAGAAGAGGACAAAGAUGAGAAUGGAGAUGAAGAUUUAGCUGACACGCGCCGCAGUGACACUCCAUCCGCAGAUGUGGCUUCACUGUCCGUGCCCUCAGACGCUUCCAUGUCUCCUUCUCCCCCGCCCAGCGUCACGGCUGCCUCCGGUCAUCUGAGGCCGCUGGCGAUUCGCGCGGGUAGGCUGCGACUCGGCCAUGCCGGUUCGGAACAUUUAUCCGAUUACAGCGGAGCAGGCUGCCUUCCUGGGACAAGUACAAGAGCAGGAGACGCAGACCCAAAUCCCAAGUGGGUUCAUCGGACGAUGCGGACGGAUGUGCCUCAGGCUGCACGCAUACCUUGCCCUCCUCUAACAUAUGUUGAUGGAGCCAUGGGUUCGUGUGUCAAGAUGAAUGCAUGCGGUGGACAGUCCAGGUUUCAUGUGUCUAAGGUCCGGGACAGACCAGCGAUUACCCGACCCCACACAGCCAGGGCAGUGUUACAGAAACAUCACCAGUGCCACAUAGUCCAUUCCUGCAGAGGGAGCUCGCAUCCAAACUGACUCCAGUUCAGGCUGGUGUUUGUCUGUGCAGAUUGUUUAAACCACUGUUUUCUUAUGAAAUGUGAACAUCUUGUGUUGCUUUUAACGUCACUAUUUUGCCAUGAGGUGCUCUCCCUCUUUUUCUUUCCUUCCCCCGCUGAUAUGGUGCACCAGCAUAUACACAGCUUUAAAACAUGUAACAGGUAAAGAUCUGCCUUGCCGCCUUUAGUCUUCCCGUGGUUUUUCUAGCUGGCGAAAGAAUCAUGUUAAGUGAAAUCUUGCUUAUCUUCUUUGUGUUUUUCCCACUUCACGAAUAAAUAUGUAUGGUCUGUUGUAUUCUUUGCAAUAAUGUUUGUGUUAUAAUGUGUAUAAUUGUUAAAGUGUAAAGCUGUUGCCUACACGUUACAUGCUUCAUGCUGUCACUGAUCGUCUUGACCUUCAUGUAAUGAUGUCAUUUCGCCACCCGAGGGCGCUGUCAGUAAACUUCCUCUCCACCA